AACAACACCACCACCACCACCACCAUCAUCAGCAGCAGAGAGAGACCAACAACACCACCACCACCACCAUCAUCAGCAGCAGCAGCAGGAAGGCACCAGCGAUGAUGAUUUUGUUUGUCCGUUCAGCCCUCGCCUGCUGCCCCAGGGGAGCGUCGCUCCUACUCCGGCCGGCCCGCGUCGCCCACCACCCCCCCCUCCCCCUCCCCCUCCUCCUGCCACCCCCCUCCCACCCAGGUGAGGAAUCUGGCAACACGUGCCAGGAGCGGUGCACGGCGAGUGGAGGUGAAGCCGGAGGCAUGGAGAGGGGCGGAGGCGGCGAUGAAGGUGGAGUCUCUGGGCCGUCUGGCCGUGGCUGGUGGAGGCGUGAUCUCCAUCGGUGCCCUCUGCUACUACGGACUGGGCCUCUCCAACGAGCCCGGUGCCAUCGAGAGGGCAAGUCUGUGGCCACGCUACGUGCGAGAGAGAGUCCGAGACACCUACACCUACCUGGGUGCCACCAUCUCCCUCACCGCGGCCUCGGCGGCCCUGGCCGCACGAUCACCGACCAUAAUGAGCCUGGCCUCUCGCAGCUCCUGGCUGGCUAUCGGAGUCUCGUUCGUCGCCGUGAUUGGCUCUGGGAUGCUCGUGAGGUCCAUUCCCUAUGAGGGGAAACUCGGAUUGAAGCAUGCAGCCUGGACCAUGCACGCAGGCCUGAUGGGUCUCCUGCUGUGCCCGAUGGUGGUGCUGGGGGGCCCGCUGCUGCUGCGGGCGGCCUGCUACAGCGGGGGCCUGGUGGGGGCCCUGUCGGCCGUGGCCGUCUGUGCCCCCAGCGACCGCUUCCUCUACGUGGGGGGGCCCCUGGCGGCCGGGCUGGGGGUGGUGGUGGCAGCCUCACUCGGCUCCGUGUUCCUCCCGGCCGGCUCCGCGCUUGGCUCGGCUCUCUAUUCCGUCUCCCUCUACGGGGGUCUGCUGCUGUUUGGCGCUCUGCUGCUGUACGACACUCAGCGCGUGGUGCGGAGAGCCGAGACUUACCCACCUCCAGGGGGGAUGCGCCCCGCCUACGACCCCAUCAACGGGUGUCUCAGUAUCUACAUGGACAUCAUGAACAUCUUCAUCAGGAUUGCCACCAUCAUGGCUGGUGGGGGCUCCCGGAGGAAGUGAAGCAGCUGAGAUGUCUCUCUCUGUCUCGUCUCUGUCUCGUCUCUGUCUCGUCUCUGUCUCUCGUCUCUGUCUCUCGUCUCUGUCUCUCUCUGUGUCUC